GACGCAUGUAGAGUUAAAAUACAGUUUUAGGUUUUAGGUUAUGUAAGGUUAUGUUUGUCUCUGGCCAGAUAGAAAAGAGUUCUGAAUUAUGGUUGGUUUCGGAUGGUUGCUGACGGUUCUGCGGCGAUCCGUAUGUCUCGCUCAGAAUUCCAGUCGCGUUUGCGUGACGCAGACACUUCAAGUUUAUCGGUGUCAACCGUACAACAAGAAGUUCAAACAGGACAGCACCGAGAGCUCCGAGAAAAAGGUACCGAGGCCGAAGACGGUACCGGUGCCGAAGAUCACGCUGCUGUUACCGGACAACUCGAUGACCGUGACCGUAUUGGCGGAAGCCGAACGUUUGGCGAAACGCCGUAAUCUCACACUCGUCAAAGUUGAGGAUUUCAACAGCAAAACACAGCGACCGCUGUACAAACUGGCGAGCAGCAGUUCCACCUUGUUGGAGGAAACUACGGAAGCAGUCGAGAACGUCAAAGAUAGUAAAAAGUCCAAGGAGAACAAGGAAAACUUCAAAGACUGUAAGAUUGUUUACUUGUCCGCGAAAAUUGCCGAACACGACGUACGGAUAAAAGCGAAGAAUAUGGUGAAAUGGUUGAAUAAGAAACACCAAGUCAAAGUGAUCAUUAAUCUGAAUGACAAUGUUGAGAAUAAAGCACAGAGCAUCAUAGAGGAAAUGAUGAGAGAUGCGGGCACGAUUCAACAAAUUCCAUCAAAGAAGAACUUCGUUUCAUUCUUAAUAAGUCCUUUGUUGAACAAAAGUGAAGAUGGUUCUGUGUGUAACAAAGACAAGACUGACAUAUAGUUACAGAUGCAUCUAAUAUGUGACUAGCCGAGAUAAUAACGCGUAAAAUUUAUUUUGUCUUAAUGAGUUACGUAUAGAAUGAUAUAAAUGAAUCAGUGAUUUUUUCAUCUCUUCAUUUUGCGAACGUGGAUCUUCUCGUUUACACACUGGUUGAAAAUUGCUGCGGUAAUUCAUCGCGCUGUUAUCCAUUUAAAGAAAAUAAAUUCUGUACAUCUAUGAAGUAAUGAUAUAUUUUUAUAUUGAUUACCUCUUGAAUA